AUGAAUUCAACGCAAGAAUACCUCAACGGGAUGUUAUACUCGGCUAGGGAUAUAAUAGUCAAUACUACGACAUGGCAGGUCGUAUCCGGAUUCACGAAUAAGUAUUUGGUUUCAUUCCUUCAAAAAAGCGAUCACACGGCACAACUUGUUUCCACACCGAUUUCGAUCUUUAUUUCUGCAUUUUUUGCAUAUGGGCUCACAUUGAUUGUCGGAUAUGAAAUUAUUAGCUAUUUGGGUAUAUCGUUUGGGUGGUGGAAACCUGGACUUGGAGCAGAUGAUAAUGAAGAUGGAUGUACAAGUCAUGUUUUUGUCUCACUGAAUACGUUGCCUGGAAGGAAAACCGAGGAUAUAAGUGCGAUUUGUGAGAAAGGAUUGGAUGCUAUACCAAAGAAAGAGUAUGAGCUAGAAUAUCCUAUUCUUUUCCAUUUUGAGAUCUCAAAGGAAGAUUACAUCCACCCAGAUCUUGGCACAAACUUGAAACUAUUGAGGACAAGAGUUCUUGAUUGGUUCCUAGAUUCGCAGCAGUAUUAUCUUAACAAAGAUAAGUACAGGAGCGAGAUGACUGCUGAGCACGUUUAUCUAUUUGAUAAAGAUGGGCAACCGUUGAAAAAGGAAGAAUCAACUCUCGAUACCUUAGGGAUCAAGAAUGGCCACACAAUUCACGCUGUGAUUGCAUGCUGA